CCUAAGCGAUUGAAGUAGGGGUACAUGGAUCGGCCCGGGUUGACAAUUUCAAUACUUGCUCUAUACUGCACCCGACUAGCAUUUAAAAACUUGGGCUCUAGUCGGGACUAAUUUGUGGUGUAGUUUCAUGCGAGUCAUAUAGUGUAGGACAUGAUGGUGCGAGUGGGCAAGUUUUGCUAUCCGAGCGAUUUCGUGAUUCUCGAAAUAUGUGAGGACUCGGAUAUGCCACUCAUACCCAAGGGAUCGAGGAUGAAUGCUUGGAGGCGAAGGAUGAAGGGAGCUUUGGCCUGGAAGAUGGGGGAGCCCGAAGCAACGUUGGCCAAUCAAGAGGGCCAACUCAAAGAGCCUAAGAUGGGAGGCUACAAGCCUCGCCCCGAGAGUGUGAUGGAUCCGCUCUCGGUGGCAUCACGUUCAAAGUCGUGAUUGAUCCCCAACCAUCAAGCUAAUGAUGCUAAAUUAGCACUUGUUGGGAGGCAACCCAACGAAGGUUUGUUAUCUUUUCCUUAUUUUUGUUUUUGUGUCAAGUGAAGAGUUCAAGUGGUCAAGUGGUGUCCCCGUCCCAAGUUUAGUGGUUUUGCGAUUUACGGUUGUGUUGUGAUCGAUUAGGAGGCACGGUGGAAUAGGUUGAGUCAAUUUUUUCUCAGAAGUGUCAUGUUUUCUCUGAUGUCCACGAACGGAUUGCGGUGUUCACAGUCUUACAAGACCGUGAACAAGAAAAUGCGUCCAUGACC